AUGCCCUUCUUACAGCCGCAAAAACAGCCUAAGCAGCGACGGAAAACCGAGGCCUAUCACCCUCUCCAAAUCCCCAGCCUCGCAUCACUCUUCGGCGGAGACCUCGCGGAACAGCCGAGGGCGACCCCAUCACAAACAUCGCCCAACACACUCACCAUGGGCCGUAAAUCACAGAGACCCGCCACAGGGUUGGAUACCAGGGACAUUGGGGCGAUGCUCCAGAAGCCCAAACAAACUCAGGCCGGAGACCAACCGGAAACAGAACCAGAACUGGACCGCCACGAGAUGGAGGUACCACAACACCCCCUGGAGGUAAGACCCGCACAAGCGGACCCUAUGGAUGAAUCAGCCCCAACAACUAGGGGAGACCUGAAGGUCCUAUUAGCUGAUAUCCACAAGCUCCUGGCUGCAGAUUUAG